AAUACAUAAUCAGACAUAUAAUUUAAUUAGAUUAUUUUAGUACUUAUUCAUUUUUCAUUUUCAUUCAAAUAUUUAAUAUUUACUUAUUUGUACACUACAAACUAAAUUCAAAUAAAACAUUUAUUGAAUAAUUAUUUUCAAACCCAAUGAAAUUUAACCUGAAUACAUCCAGUAACUAAUUAUUACUACAGCAACAUAUUGGGGUUUCUAAGCGGUUUAUUUGAUCAAUACACGCAGUCCAUACCUACUUGUGAAUUAGUUUAUAAAAAUGUCGAGUCCAAAUUCUGAGACAGAUUCCACUUCUAUGUUUAUGCAAAAAGGCGAUGGUAAGAAAACAAAAAGUCCAACACGCUCCGAAUCGUCCUCCAGAAGAAAUUCUAUGGUAAAAAUAGUACCAGCCGAAGUUAUCACGGUAAAAGACUUUUUUGACUUUAUGAAAACAGCUUAUCAAGUUUAUGAGCAUUUGGAAGGUGAUGAGGACGAAGGAUCGAAGAUUAAUUGGGAGGAACUGACAAAAUUAACGGUUAUCAAUCACGUUAUUGAACAACAAGAAAGAGAUCUUCUCUAUCAGACAGCUUUUGCAGAACCAAAGCCUAUAGUCAGUAAAAGUGAUACCGCAAUCGAGAAGAAAAAUAGCACUGACCGUAUUGAAAAAAGAUUUAGUUGUAGUGAGCUUGAGGGAAAAGGUCGGAGGCGUUCAUUACCACCUGAAGCAAGAGUUGAGAUGCUAGGAGUGUGGACAGAAGCUAAUCUCAAUUGUAAAUUAAAUGACGUGAUAAAUGAAGGAAUAUUGGAUUCUAUCUUGCCUUACUUAGUUGGCUAUAAAAAAUCAUCGAAAACAACAAGCGUUUAUGCUCCUAUAAUUAAGAAAGCUCCAUCAAAUUCCACAAGUGAUUUAAAAAAACCAGCCAGCUUUGGAGGUUUCGUGAAUGAAAAAGAAUCGAGAGAUCGACUUGGGAGACGGAAAUCUUCAGUUGUAGCUGCUCAAGAGCGUAACAAUCAAAAACAAGAUGGUGAAGUGGAAAUCCAUGUGUGCGAUGAAGUCAAGGGCCUGAAGAAGGACUUCAGGUGUCCCCAGAAGUUGCUAGUCUCCAAGAUGGGGUACUUCGCUGACGUCACCGCAGGACAGCGGCUCGAGGACAUGGAUAUAUCUGUGCAUUGCGACAUACAGAUAUUUGACUGGCUGAUGAGGUGGGUGAAACGGGACAGUAUCCUAGUGGCGGACUGGCCGCUGCUCGACCCUCACAACGUGGUGCCCAUACUCGUCUCCGCGUCCUUCUUACAGAUGGAGCCACUGCUCCACGACUGCCUGAUCUACUGCCACGCGCACAUGAACGACAUCGUGAAGACGUCCACUAACCUCGCCUGUCUGAGUGACGCUCUACUUACCAGGUUAGCGGCAAUGUACACGAAUGCGGAAUUAGAAGCAAUAAGAGAUCGGAAGGACAAGGUCCAGUCGCGUCUCUACUGCAAGAUGAUAAUGUCCCUGGCCGAGCCUGUACCUGAGACGCUGCGCGGACAUUACGCCACUCUCGCCACUCUCUUCAAGUGUUCCAAGUGCAACAAAUUACUAGGGCGGCACAUAGCUGAGCAGGUGCCGUGCCAGCCCGCCAGCAUGAGGAUCGACCGGCGAGGGAACGUCAUCUCCACACACAGCAAGGACCAAUCUUGGAGCCUGAAUGAGUACAUAACCUGGUUAUAUGGGGAGCUGCGCUCGUGGCGUCGCGUCUACUGGAGAUUGUGGGCUGACUGCCACUUCCUCAGGUGUCAGUUGUGCGACAGCUACUUCCCUGCUUAUCAGAUGGAGUGGUGUUCUCACCACGAGCAGUCGGCGCACAUGUUUGCGGUGGAGGGGCGGCCCCCACUGCCGGCCGGCCGGUACCCGUGCUGCGGGGAGAGAGCCUACCGCUUCGAGACUAUCACCAGGAACACUGGUUGUCAAUUCCGCGAGCACGUGCCAGACGAACGGCUGGCGACGGAUGCUGCGGUGAUGGAGGUGUACAACAAGUUUCGGGACAUCAUCGCCAUGAGGCCACCGCAGCUGAUGUUUCCGGAGCGGCUCACCAGGCUCGUGCCUAGGGAACUAGGUGAAGACAGCGGUGGCCGUCUGCAAUGCAAAGAGGUGUUCUGGUGGGAGGGCAUCCAACUGGUGCCUCCGCGUCAGCACCUCGGCCUGCUCGGGAAGAUGUAUACCAGCAACAACAAGUUCAACCCGUGCGCUCGGCCCGGCUCGCCGACGUUGGGCGGCGUGAGGGUCUCCACUCAGUCCCUCGCCGGGAACUGCCCCGGGGGCACCUCCCAAUCACCAGAUCGGGAGACCAAAUCGAAGCCCCAACUGCGCGAAGCCAAAGAGGAACCAUUACAACCCAAGAAAGGUAUCCAAGUGAGCGGAGUGUUACCGGCCGGCGGUGAUGCCACUGAUGAUGGAGGUGAGCAGACCAGCUCGGACGAGAGCGAGCAGAGUUCGGCGAGCGCGAGGAGUGAGGAGGACGCUCCGCCGAAGAGGACUCCUCGUCUGCCGCGCCCGCGGUCCAAUCCACCAAUCAAGCGCGGGCGCGCGGCUGGCCGGCAGUGGGCGGCGGCGCUGUCGGCGCGCAGCAACCAGGACGCGCAGCGCCGCUACGAGGAGCGCGCCGCCCGCGCCAUGCGGGCCGCGCUUGGCCGCCGCGCCGCGCCGCCGCCCGCGCCGCGACGCACGCCCGCCGGAGGUGUUUACGUCAAACUAGAGACAGAAUGGCGCGAACGACACGGCCAACGGACGCGGAGCACGGCGUCGGCCCGGCCGCGGCAGCCUGCCAACAAAUUCAAGUGAACACACGGACAGACAGCGAGCUAUAUCUAUAAAUACCAACACUAUAUUAUUAAUAAUAUAGAGUUUAGAUGAUAUAAUUACACGAUUAUUUAUUUGCUUUGAGUCGAUAUUCGAAAAAUUUCAUCCCAACCAUCUGGACGAGUGGCGGUCCUCCACCGUGCGUUUUUCAAGGCACUUCCUUCCACGCACAACCACUCUUUGGAAUCAACUUCCAGCAGCAGUAUUUCCGAACCGAUACGACAUCGUAACCUUCAAGAAAAGAGCGUAUUCCUUUUCAAAAGGCCGGCAGCACACCUGCAAUGCCGUUGGUGUUGUGGGUGAUCAUGGGCGGCGGUAGUCACUUACCAUCAGGUGAGACGCAUGCUCGUUUGCCCCCUGUGUUGUAAAAAGAAAACAGUGAAAAUCGUAAAGUUUUAUAUAUUAUGAUUCUUGUAUACAGGCACUCCUCGUACUUACGGCAUGUUUUUUUUUUGAUGGGUGAAAAUGGUACGGUAACCCCGCCCGCGCUAACGGGAUACACUGGCGGAGCACCAGUGAAGGGUGAUAGAUGAGAAUGAAAACAGGCCAGUUAGCCCAUCAUGAUGAAUUCAUCAGGAAUUAACCAUGAUAGUUUCCAGGGAGAACCACGAG